AUGGGCCGCGCGCCUCCGUCUCGGGGCGCGAAGUCUCAGUCCAUCAAUUUCAUGGGCUCCGGCGGCGGCCCCGGCUCCAGGCCCAACCCGGCGUUAAGGCCCAACAAAUUGAGACAUAUCCUCUCCGUCUGGACUCUCCCGGAAGAGGGAGGCGCGUUCACGCACGAGUCCCGCCUCUCAGCUCCGGCUGGCCUUCGCCAUUGUUGGACGCGGCUGGUUGAAGUUAAGAGAGGAAGUGGGGAGGAGGAGGAGGAGGAGGAGGAGGAGGAGGAGGAGAGUGUUUCCAAACGCUGGCAAUCCCCUGAUGGGGAUGAGCUCACCGAGGGGGGAGGGGGAAGAGAGCGUGUCUGGGCCUGGCUCCUCCCCCGCCUCACUUGGCGGAGCUUUGGGGACUCGGAGGGCAAAGCCGGCGCGGCGAGGAGAAGCCACUCUCCUGCUGCCUCCCGAGCACGGAGCUUCCCUGCCUCCCUCCCUCCCUGCCUUGCUUGCUUCCUUUCUUCCUUCGGGGCCCAAAGGGCGACCCUGGAGGCCAACCUCGCCCUGGCGCUGGCAGGGCUGGAGUCGGGGGCUGGGCUGCCCGUCCCGAAGGGGCUCCCGAGCAGCGCCGCCACCACCUCCUCCUCUUCCUCAACUUGGUGCCUCCCGCCGGAGCCCCUCAGCGCCUGGGGCAAGCCUUCCUCCUCUUCCUCCUCCUGCGGCGGAGAGUGGUUCCCUGCGCGGCGCAAAGCGGGCUCGGCGGAGGCCAUGGGUUCCGACGUGCGCGACCUCAACGCGCUUUUGCCUCCUCCCCCGGGCAACGGGGGCUGCCCCAUGCCGGCGCAGUGGGGCCCCGUGCUGGACUUCCCCUCGGGCGCCGCUUACGGCUCGCUGGCCGGCCCCCCUCCGCCGCCCCAUCCUCCGCCGCCCCCUUCAGCCUUCAUCAAGCAGGAGCCCAGCUGGAGCGCCUCGGACCCCCACGAGGAGCAGUGCCUCAGCGCCUUCACCGUCCACUUCUCGGGACAGUUCACGGGCACGGCCGGCGCCUGUCGCUAUGGGGCUUACGGGGCGCCCCCGCCCCCUCCGCCGCCGCCGCCGCCCCCGCCCUCCAGCCAGGCGCCCCCCGCCCAGGCGCGCCUCUUCCCCCAGGGCCCCUACCUGCCCAGCUGCCUCGAGGGACAACAGGCCCUCCGCAACCAAGGUUACGGCACAGUGGCCUUUGAUGGGACUCCAAGCUACGGCCACACUCCCUCGCACCACGCGGCCCAGUUCACGAACCACUCCUUCAAACACGAGGACCCCCUUUCCAUCGGCCAGCAGACCUCUCUAGGUGACCAGCAGUAUUCAGUGCCUCCUCCUGUCUAUGGCUGCCACACCCCCACGGACAGCUGCACGGGGAGCCAGGCUCUGCUCCUCAGGAACCCUUACAACAGUGACAAUUUAUACCAAAUGACCUCACAGCUUGAAUGCAUGACUUGGAAUCAAAUGAACUUGGGAUCCACACUUAAAGGCCACACAACAGGAUAUGAAAGUGAUAACCAUGCAGGUCCCUUGUUAUAUAGCUGUGGAGCCCAAUACAGAAUACACACCCAUGGAGUUUUUCGAGGAAUACAAGAUGUGCGGCGAGUGCCUGGAGUAGCUCCUACAAUUGUCAGGUCAACCAGUGAGGCAAAUGAGAAACGGCCUUUCAUGUGUGUAUACCCUGGCUGUAACAAACGAUAUUUUAAGCUGUCUCAUCUGCAAAUGCAUGGUAGAAAACACACCGGUGAAAAACCAUACCAGUGUGACUUUAAAGACUGUGAACGAAGAUUCUCUCGUUCAGAUCAACUGAAACGACACCAAAGGCGACAUACAGGUGUGAAACCCUUCCAGUGUAAAACCUGUCAGAGAAAGUUCUCCAGAUCCGAUCACCUGAAGACUCACACCAGGACUCAUACAGGUGAAAAGCCUUUCAGUUGCCGGUGGCCCAGUUGUCAAAAAAAGUUUGCUCGGUCUGAUGAAUUGGUCCGUCACCAUAACAUGCACAACAGGAACAUGACUAAACUUCAGCUUACUCUUUAGAUGUUUCAUAUUUACUGUACAAAAUUGACUCAUGGACUAUUAUAAACAUUUCAACCAUCAUCUCUCAAUUCUUUAAGGAAAAUUUUGGAUGCCUUCAAAAUGCAUUUGAGAGAACUUAACUAAACGCUAGGAUUCGGAUCAGAUCAGGCUUCUGCUUGGAAUCUCGAAUCUUCCUGUUCAAAGAUCUCAAAUGGUUUCAUUUUCUAACAUUAUUAUAUAAUUCCAAGUUGAUGAUUAUGUUGAACGUUAAAUAUUACUAUAAACUCUUGUUAUGUAUAUUUGUUCUUCUGGUCAGAAGGUUUUGUACUUUUACUUGAAAUUUGCAAGUGCAAGCUAGUGACGAUGCUGUCAUGUUCAUAUGUAAUGACUGAUAUGUGUGAAAGUCCCUUCAUGCAUAGUGCUGAAAACACUGAGGUUUCCAAAGACCACUGUAAUCCUGUACAAAUACCGUAUUAAUUUUGGUAACCUUUAUAGCAGUCAAGGGGAACAGUUUUCUAUUCUGUGAAGCUUUGUUGUCAAUAAUUCCAAAUAUUUUGCUUGCAAUUCUCAAAACUGUGGGUGUUAGGGUUUCUUAUAAGCUUAUGCAGUUUGUAUGUGUGUGUCUGUAUCUGUGUGUGUGAGAGAAAGAGAGGUCUUCAUCAGAGUUCUCCAGUCCACCUGCUUACACUGUUUCCACAAUUCUCUGUGUUGAAGACAGGAAAACCACAGGGACUAGUGCAUCUGAUGCAAAUCUCUUUCAUAAGUUAAUUGCAAAUUUUUGUGGCUAUUUCUGUGAGAUUGAGCAUGCUCCUAUACCCCCUACAUCUGUCCACACUCUGACCAUGCCCUAUCAAGAGUCUGCAGUCAAAUGAAGUCUAUGAGCAUACCACAAUUAGGACUUUCCCUGCACAAUCAGAGAUUUUACUUUUUCAAGAUUCCUCAUCACGUGAAGCUUUGCCUAUGUGCAAACAGUUGUAUAUUGAUAUACUCUAUAAAGACUUUGAAUGAGCAUUGGUCAAGAACCUGCUACAGUGACAGUCUCUCUACUUUGUACCUGUGUGCAUUAAAUCUAUUGAUCUGAAACGGCCUCAGCCUGCAUGAUGACAAGACUGAUUAUAGAAUAGUUAGUGGUGCCCCCCCCCCCCCACCAAAUCAAGGACUCCAUGAGGUUUACUAGAUCUCUAACUGACAAGAGUGGAGGCCUGGAUGGCUACACUACUGAGAGAAGAGAAGCCUACUUCCUUCCCCUCUUCUUCCUUUCUCUGCUUCCUCUGUUGUAUACUUUUUACAAAAUUAAUGAUCAAGAGAUGCUUUGAAUUUUUUUAAACAACCAAAAUACCAGACACCAAAUCUAUGACUGGGUACCUUGAUUUUCCAUCACAGCAUCCUGAUGUCCCAUCACAGGACAGGCACAUAAUAAGCUAUCCAGCACCCUAUUUUUCUUUUUUUGUCCCUGUGACAGUAGACUGGAGGAUUGCUGGUAUAUUUGCAGUCUUAAAGGGACAUGACAAUCCAUUGCAUACUUUCCUGGUAGUAGGUUCCAGUGUCCACAAUUGAACUAACUUCUGAACUGACACAAAUAGGAUUGUGCUGUAUAGCAAUACCUUGCCUAGAGAUGUCCCCUUCUGUUAGUGUCUACGGGAGAGAAACUCAAAACUAGAAAAUGGUUAUCUUUUUUUUUUUUGAAGAUAACAGUAUCUUUCAACACUGCAAUUGAAAAUCUGGCAUUGAACCUGACUUGUUUGUACCAACAACUUUCAUGUACAGAAACUGUACAUUGUUUUGUUUGGUAUCCUGAAACUGCUUUAAAUUUAUUCCAUUUUAAGACACAAGUUCUUGCACAAAACCAAGUCAAUAUUAUUGUAGAUGUUGAGAAUUUGUUUAACAGGCAGCCAUGCUGGUUAUAUGGCUGGCAAGUUGUAUAAAAUUAAAAUUAAAGUUGAAUUUAAGAAGAGGCUGGUCCAGAAUUUCCAUUAACAUAUGACUCUUAAACUAAACAAAUGGCUCUUAAGUGACUUGAACGUGUCUACAUAUACAAUUAUAUGUACAAAAAGAGAUGCCCAAUGUGAGGAAAUAUAUUAUUUCAGGGUUUAUUAUUUACUAUUAAUUGUUUGGAGUGGUGUACAUAUAUCUAUAAAUAUAUAUCUAAUAAUGUAUUGCUCUUAAACAAUUCAAAUUAGAAAGUGAAUAAAUAUUAGAUGCAUCAUCAGAUGUUGCUGCAAGCUAUUGCUGCCACAAAGACUGUAACCUGCAUUUUUCACUGAGCUAUCAAUUAAAGGCCAUUUAAAGAGAAACAAAUAAGAGUCCA